AUGAUGUCUGAGAAGAAAAGGUUUGGCUCAAGAAUUUCAUCUAUAUUCAAUCACUCGUCUCAACCACAAGCUCCAAAACAGAAUCCACCAAAACAAGGUCCACAAAAGCCUGCUGCUGCACCAGCGUCAACAUCAACAUCAACAUCAGCAUCAAUAUCAACAGGAAGAACAACAAAAGCACAAGGACCACCUUCAUCAGGAUAUCCCCAAACAAAUGGUUCAAAUUCAACAACACAACCGUCUCCAAGCAAAGUCGUUCCAUUGAGUAGACCAUACUCAAAUGUAUCAGCUCAAACUAAUGAUACAUUGAAGUCUCCUUCAAGAACAAUUGUCACAUCAGAGUCAUUUAAUCAACAAUCUCCUCAAUAUUUAAGCCGAAUUGGUGGUUCACCUGAUACUUCUGAAACCAGCCAAAUACAAAAGAGUCCAAAUCCAUCAGUUAGUAAUUUAAGACGUAAACCACCCAGUACAUCUGAUUUAGAUUCUUUUGAUUUUGGUACCUCAAAUUCCCCUAAAUCCGGAACUGGGAUAACUAAUGAUAUUCUAGCUGAUUUGGAAAAUGAAAUUGAUAACUUUUUAAGAGAUGGGACCGAGUCUGAAAAUGCCUUGUCAACCGAACCAAGAUCAAGCAAUCAUUCAUUCCAGUUUCCUAGCAGCUCAAGUAACGCUGAUAGUGAAAGGAGUAGCAAUCAUGAAAUAAACAGGUCGACACCAAUAGUUGGGUUGUCUGAUAUUUUAAACCAACAGGAGGGCAAAGUUGUAAACCAUACCGUGCCUUAUCCGUUGGAUUUCCCGCUUUCAACACCAUUCGAUUCACCAGUGGAUUCACCACAAAUAAUCCAGAAUGAAUUCAUGCCAAUCACCAGUAAUGAUAGUGAUGAUUUAAAACCACUAAACAAUGAAACGAGUCCGAGAAAUGUCAUAUCUUCGUCAUCAACAAUUUCCACCAGGGAUAAUUAUUCUCCGAUAGCUCCCAAUUCUGUUAAUGUUUCUCGAAGGACCACAACAACACAAACACCGUCGCGAUUGCAGUCGGUACGACUGGCCUCCACCCAACGUCUGCAAAGCUUUUUAGGACGUACAGUAACUCAGAGAACACAAGGAAGCAGCAUUCGACGUAUUUCCAGUUCUGUGGGAUCAAUAAAUCUCGCCAAUACUUAUGUUCAUACCAUUCGAAGAUCUGCAGGUACAGCUUACAAUGAACUGAAACCAACCAAAUGGAAACUUCCUGUUGGUAUUCAGCCAGAAGAUAAGACGAGAAAUAUGAGAGCAGGAUUGCUAAAUACUUCCAGAAAGAAGACAAGUGGUGUCGAGUUGAAACAUGGACAUUUGAAACCUCGUUUAUUAGCUGCAGAAAUUGACGAAGGGGAUGAAUCUACAUCUAUUGGGUUAACCAAAACAGCCACAUCAAACACAACGGUGACAGCAGCUACAUCGACAGAGGUACAAAGUAUUGUUACAACAAGCACCAAGUAUGGAAGUGGUAGUGGAAGUGGCAGUGGUAGUAUUAAAAGAAAUGUAUCAAUUACGUCAAGCAGCUCUUCUGGCAGUUUAUCUGAUAAAAACUUCACUAACUUGGGUUAUUACCAACAUAGAGGAUACAGAGGUGAUGACGAUGAAGAUGAUGGGGAUGUUGAUGAUAACAUUGGAGACGAUGGUGAUGAUGAAACAGAGGACGAAAAUGGACACGUUAACGGUAGCGUGUUCCUGGAUAUAAACAGUAUAGGACAAGAGGAAGAAAGACCUAGAUUAGUAUUAGCUAAUCCAGACACUGAUGACAGUGAUUAA